AUGCCAGGAACAUCAGACUCAACGGAAAUACCCGGAGAACCAGGAAAACCUACAAUGCCAGGAACAUCAGACUCAACAGAAAUACCCGGAGAAUCAGGAAAACCUGCAAUGCCUGGAACAUCAGACUCAACAGAAAUACCCGGAGAAUCAGGGAAACCUGCAAUUCCUGGAACAUCAGACUCAACAGAAAUACCCGGAGAAUCAGGAAAACCUGCAAUUCCUGGAACAUCUGAAUCAACAGAAAUACCCGGAGAAUCAGGAAAACCUGCAAUUACUGGAACAUCCGACUCAACAAAAAUACCUGCAACGCCUGGAACACCUGAAGAACUUGAAACUGGUGCCUUUCCGGUCCCACCCAAAAUUGGCACAGAAAUAUCCCCAAUACCAUCGCCUGUACCUCCAAAAACAUACACAAAUUUAAAUAUAGAUGAAAAAUACAUUCAUCCAACGGCCCCAGAAACUCCAGAAGUGACUGAUGAUAAUACAGGGAACCUGAAAAAGGAUCAAACUCAUGAAUACACACAACAAGAAAGUGAUGAUGAUCUAAGUGAUGUCCAAAGUGAAGAUGAACAAAGUCAUUUAAAAACCACUCAAAAACAAACUUAUAGGUUAACUACUACCCAAAUACAAAAUUUAAUGAUAUUACAGACACAAAUUAGAAUUAAUGAUAUUCUAAAGGAAAAUGGAUUGGAUAAUCUGAAUUUAAUUAAUUGCGAUUUAAAUACUGUUAAUAGAAUCUAUGAAUUAAUCAAAAAAGCUGAACAAAUUAUAUCAGAGAUCCAAAUUAGAAAAAGCAGUAUUGACCAAAUUGAUUUAAAUAGUUUCAUUACUUCUCAUUCCGUUAUUAAAAAAAAUACUGAAACUACUAAUUACCAAACACUUAUCAGUUCUUUAAAUGUAUUAAAAGAUUACCUAAAACAAAUACUUGAUGAUUGUAAAAGCCUUUAUAAUAUUCAACCAAGUACAGAAAUUCAUUCAAAAUAUUAUUCUUCUAUAAUUGAUGAAUGUGAAAAUGAAAAAUAUAUUCCUUUAAUUGAUUUAUAUUCAUUUUUCCUCAAAUAUUAUAAAAGACUUAUGGUAAACUCAACUUUUGGAGCAAGAAUGCUUAACCAUUUUCUAACUAUCUUAAUAAAUCUUAAUGAAAUUAAACAAUGUUUAGAUGAACAAAAAAUAAAUAGCUGGAAAUUAUUAAAAGAAGAAUAUCAAAACAAUCUUAAAGAAGAAACUAAAAAAGCUACUGAAAUUCAAUUGAAUGGUUAUUCUGAUCAUGUAGCUGGAUCUUCAAUAAAUCAAUCUAUUAAUAAUUCUGAAAUUCAUCUAAUCAAUGAAAAGAUUAAAGUUUAUAAAAUUAUAAUCAGACUUUUAAAUGAAUUAAUUUUAAAAUGUCAAGAACUUAAAAAUAAUCCAGAUUUAGAAACAAAUUCAAAAAUACAUGUAUUUAAUGAAAAUUGUAUUUAUAAAUACAAUAUUAAAGAAUCCAUGAUUCGAUUUAAACUAUUUAAUGGUUUAAAUAUGAGUCAAAGAGAUGAAAUAUUAGAAAGAAUUCAACGAUUAAUACAAAGCCUUGGUGGAUUUAUAUCUAUUUAUGAUUCUAAAGAUUGCAAUCCAAAUAAUAUUGUUAAAAUAUUAGAAUCUAUCGCCAGAUUGAAAACAAUUAAAGAUAUAGAAAAAAAUAAUACAAAUUUAUAUGAAAAUUUAAAAGAAAACAAAAUUUUAAACCUCAACUUAAGAUCAAUAAAAUUUUUAAUCAAAUUAAUGAUAGAUAUGAUUUCUUUCUGUUGGACUUAUGUAAAUAUGAACAAAAUAGUCAAAUUAAAACUAAUUAUAAAGCAUUGGGUGAACUUCAAGCCUUAUUGA